CUCCCUGCUACUUUCUCUACAUUUUCUCCUUCCCUCUGGCUUUAAACCAAAUUCAGGACAGAUCUUGUUUUUUUAAAUCCUCCUUGUUUGGCCUGUUAAAGAAGAAGGCCGUUUGGAAGCUCAGUACAUUUCUGCUUUUUCUUCUUUUUUUCUCUGUUUAAUCAUCAGUCUGUUCACAUUGUUCUAUGAGGCUCUAGCAUCAGUUUUUCACCAGGAAAAAAAAAGAAAAUGCCACGCUCAUUUUUGGUGAAGCAGCCGAAGGUUCAUGAUUUCUCAUCUUCCAACUACUACCAUCAGCACCAGCAGCACUGGGACGACUCUUACUCUGUGACACAUGCCAUCACAGAGUCAGCUACCAACUUGGCGGUGCGUUUGAGUGAAAAUGGCUACAUCCAUGAUUACAUCAUCCCCUCAGUGUUGCAGAGCACAAAGGAGCCAGGUCAUGAGCAGACUGGGCUUUCCUCAGGGCCCCUGUACUCCCCAGGCGGCAGCGUUGGGGAAGAAUUCUCCGACCAUGACAUGGAGCAUCCGGACAGCCCCGUCUCCAGCAGCACAAUUGAGUCAGACAGUAGCGGCCCUGAGCUGGAGGCAUGCACCAUCGAUGCCUUCCUCAUCUCUGAUGGACGCUCCCGGCGGAGGUCCAACCAGAGGUGUCCCCGCAAGGGAGGCAGUCAGUCGGACAGCAGCGAGGAUGUAGGCUCUGCAGACUGCAGCCCAGCCAAAGGGAAAUCCAAAGGGCGCCACGUUUGCGGCGAGUGCGGCAAGUCUUACGCCACAUCUUCCAAUCUGAGCAGACACAAGCAAACUCACCGGAGCCUGGACAGCCAGCAGGCCAGGAAGUGUCCCACCUGCCACAAGGCGUACGUGUCCAUGCCAGCGCUGGCCAUGCACAUGCUAACCCAUGACCUGAAGCACGAAUGCACGGUGUGCGGCAAAGCCUUCAGUCGACCGUGGCUCCUGCAGGGCCACAUGAGGUCUCACACUGGAGAGAAACCGUUCGCCUGUGCCCACUGUGGCAAAGCGUUCGCCGACCGCUCCAACCUGCGCGCCCACAUGCAGACACACUCGUCCUUCAAGCACUACUCCUGCAAACGCUGCCACAAAAGCUUCGCGCUCAAGUCCUACCUGAACAAGCACUACGAGUCAGCCUGCUUCAAAGGAUACCAAGCAGAGGACGACUGCAGCUCUGAGGACUGAUGGGAAAAUAUUCAUCUGUUUCAUUUCUAUUUAUAAACUUUUUAAUAGUUCAUACAACAAAAUCAGAGAGAAGCUUCUCAGGCUUGUCACAUGCAUGCAUCAUAAUCCUGCCUUUUGAUAAGCAAUAACCUCACUUUAAAUUAUUCAGGAAUUAUGUACGAAAUUCAUAAAAAUCUCAGUGUUGAUCACAAAUGUAAAAAUAUUUUAUAUUGUUUUUUAUAAAUUGAAUUGCAAUAAUUUACAUGCCAGUAUUAUUUUAUA